GGAAAUUCCCGGGCGGAGGUGAGCAGGCUGCCGCGGCGGUCAGCUGAGCAACGCUGGGCGGGGUCGCGAGGCCGCAAAUCAACCUAAAGCUCGCCAACCCCCUUCGCCGCCCCGGCCGGUCCCCCGCUUGGCGUUUGCGUCUGGGUCCGGAGCCCUCUCCCAGCGGGAAUGAUGCCCAGGAAGCAGUGACCCGAGGGAGGCCGGAGCCCGCGCGCCGGAACUGCUGCCAUGUCCCACCAACCACUUAGCUGCCUGACUGAGAAGGGGGACAGCCCCAACGAAACCACAGGAAAUGGACCCCCCAGUCUGGCUCACCCAAACCUGGACACGUUCACCCCACACGAGCUGCUGCAGCAGAUGAGAGAGCUUCUAAUCGAGAACCAUCAGUUGAAAGAAGCCAUGAAGCUAAACAAUCAAGCUAUGAAAGGGCGAUUUGAGGAGCUUUCAGCUUGGACAGAGAAGCAGAAGGAAGAACGCCUUUAUUUUGAGACUCAGAGCAAAGAAGCCAAAGAGCGCUUAACGGCACUGAGCCUUGAAAAUGAAAAACUGAAGCAAGAACUUGGAAAAUUAACAGGGAAAACUGAAAGGGCAUUUGAGGACAUCACUGGGGACCCCAAGGUCCCCAAGGCAGAAGUGGAACAAGAAGUGGAACAGCUGAAGACCCAGGUGGCACGCCUCCAAGCUGAAAAGGCAGAUCUUCUGGGCAUCGUGUCUGAAUUGCAACUCAAGCUGAAUUCAAGCGGCUCCUCCGAAGACUCCUUUGUUGAAAUCAGGAUGGCUGAGGGCGAAGCAGCUGUGGCAGCAAAAGAAAUCAAGACAAGUCCUGGGCCCACAAGAACUCAUUCUGUUGACAGGAGCAAAUCUGCAGAAGGUACCAGGAAUUAUGUGGAGUUUGAGGAAUUAACUGUGAGCCAGCUCCUGCAUUGUCUAAGGGAAGGAAACCAGAAGGUGGAGAGACUUGAAAUUGCCCUCAAGGAAGCCAAAGAAAGAAUUUCUGAUUUUGAAAAGAAAGCCAAGGAUCACUCUGAGACUGAGACCCAGACAGAGGAGCACACAGAACAAGAGAAAGAAGAGGAGAAAGACACCAAAACUAUUGGAAGUGAAGUGGAAACACUGAACCUUCAGGUGACAACCCUGUUUAAGGAGCUUCAGGAAGCUCACACGAAACUCAGUGAAGCUGAGCUAAUGAAGAAGAGACUUCAAGAAAAAUGUCAGGCCCUUGAAAGGAAAAAUUCUGCAAGCCCAUCAGAGCUGAACGAAAAGCAAGAGCUGGUUUAUAAAAACAAAAAAUUAGAGCUCCAAGUAGAAAGCAUGCGAUCAGAAAUCAAAAUGGAACAAGCUAAAACAGAAGAUGAAAAGUCCAAAUUAGGCACUCUACAGUUGACACACAACAGGCUUCUUCAAGAAUACAAUAACGCACUGAAGACAAUUGAGGAACUAAAAAGGAGAGAGUCAGAAAAAGUGGAUAAGGUGGUGCUGCAGGAACUGAGUGGGAAGCUGGAACUGGCAGAGAAGGCCCUGGCUUCCAAGCAGCUCCAAAUGGAUGGGAUGAAGCAGACCAUCGCCAAGCAGGAGAAGGACCUGGAGACCAUGGCCGUCCUCAGGGCUCAGAUGGAGGUUUAUUGUUCUGAUUUUCAUGCUGAAAGAGCAGCAAGAGAGAAGAUUCAUGAAGAAAAGGAGCAGCUGGCAUUGCAGCUGGCAGUUCUGCUGAAAGAAAACAAUGAUUUUGAAGAUGGAGGCAGGCAGACCUUAAUGGAAAUGCAGAGCCGUCACGGGGCGAGAACAAGUGACGCUGACCAGCAGGCUUAUCUCGUUCAAAGAGGAGCCGAGGAUAGAAACUGGCUGCAGCAGCAACAGAAUAUUCCAAUUCAUUCUUGCCCCAAAUGUGGAGAAGUUCUUCCCGACAUAGAUACACUACUGAUUCAUGUUACGGACUGUAUCAUUUAAGUGUUGACCUUUCACCUCCCCCAAGCUGUUGGUAAAUCUCAUUUUUUUUUUCCUCCAAGAGUUGUACUUUUGUGUCAUUUGUUUCAUGCAACUAUUUUGGCUCAUUAUUUUUAUUUUAGGAGAAAGAAAAACCGUGUUCUAUAAAGGACAUUUUGGAGCACAUUUCCAUAACUCACAAAAUAGAAUCUUUAGCGUACCACUCUUCUGAUAACAGGCUUGUUGUUUUUAAUAUUUAAUUGAUGUGAGCACUGAACUGUUCAUGCAGGUAAUGAGCAUAUGACAUCAUGGAUGGAGUAAAGGUGGUAAUAAGAUGGAAGACGCCUCACUGAUUAGAACCUUCUAGGGAGGCAGGAAAAAUGAAGUGGUCACAGAUUUAAUUGAGAAGAGUGUCUUUGAAGUAUUUUUAAAUAAAUUAUAUUGUUAUCUUUCUUUAUCCAUUUAAGACAGAUCUAUUUGGGGUUGUGUAUAUGUGUAUAUCUUACAGUUUUAUUUCAAGCACAGCACCAAAGUUAUGAUGUGGCUCUUUUCAGAUGAGCCCUGUGAGCUUUUACUUGAUCAUCAGGACAAGUGAAAAACUACUGGCCUACACAAAGCAAAUACGUCAGGUUCACUGGAUUUCAUGUAACCAUCCACAGUGUAAAGUUCCCUUUUCCUUCCCUUGUGAUGCAGGUACAUGUUAUCUACUAUAGAGUAGAUAGUAUAUGAAUUUCUAAAAAGAAUGGCUAUCAAUUUUCUUCCUGGAUCAGGCUCUAUAUUCAUAAUCACAAAAAUAGUUACUGCAAAAUGAAAUUUUCCUUAUGAGUCUUACACAUUGUUCAUAUAUGGUUAGCUAAUUUCACAGGAUGUGUUUUCUGUAUUCAACUCUACAUAAAUUUAAUACUUAUUCAGAUCUGUCUUGUUAAUUCCAUGAAUAUAAGCGAAAUCUCUUUAUUAGAGACCAGUAAGUGUCGUUUGAGUUAGAAAUUGUUCUUUAUAGGAAGAUGAAAAGAUAGGGCUUUGCCAUACUUUAUAAAUCUAGUUUACCAAGAUGAGCUAAUAUUGGGCCACCCUUAGAAGUUACUAAUGUCCUUGUGUAUCUAUAUACUAAAACGUUUAAGAGAAAAGUUUAAAAUCUCCUCUGUUUAGCUUUUCCUAAGACUCUCUCCUAGACAAACCUGACUUGUGUGUGUGUGUGUGUGUGUAUAUUUUAAACAGGAAUUAAAACAGGUAAUUACAGCUUCAUUACAAUAGAACACAUUGCACAAACUCAAUAGUAAUUUAGAUUUCCCUACCUCAUCCCACGGAGAAUGUUUGUUUAAGACAUUUCUAAAAUAAUAUUGAAAUUUUAAUUUAUUUAUAGUUUCUAGUUUAACAUUUUUUCCCUUAUUACUUUAUAUUGGAGUAGAUAAAUUUCUAUAGUAUCCUAAAUAGAAAACAAACCAAAUGGUUUCACCCUUAAGUUAUUUGCAAUACCCUUUUGCUUUGUUCAAGUAAAAAUAUUAAUCUGAUGCCGAUGUGAAGUAA